AUGGACGACUCGACCUCGACGCCCGUCCAGCAAAAACGUCCUCGUGUGGCCGAAGAAAAUCGCAAGCGAGCUGUUCGAGCGUGCGAUGGUUGCCGCCGGGUGAAAGAAAAAUGCGAAGGAGGUGUACCAUGUCGCAGAUGUCUGCGAUAUCGUCGCCAGUGCAAUUUUACUCACAUUGAUCCCAAUGAGAAAACUCGGGGAACGUCUGUCUCACUUUUGGACCGAGCAGCCGCACUGAGUCGACAUGACAUUGCCGAGGCUGAACGGGUGCGCCUCAUGGAGCGUAUCUUGUCGCAUUAUGUACCCAACAUCACCUUUGAUAUUCAGUCUCUGCGCCAGACUGCGGAAGACCUGAAAAACAAACAGCGCGACUCUGAGUCAGAUGCGAUUUCGACCCGAGAAGACCCCAAUGACUUGGAGGAUCUCGCGAUUGACGAUGAGGAUUUUACAAUUAAGGCUAUGCCUGACAAUACAACCCAAUAUUCCGGGGAAUUUUCAUACCUGAAUUUCACAAUGAAGAUCCGGAAGAAAAUCGAUGAGUGGAUGAAGACAGCUGCACCGGAUGCAACUUCAGAAGUAGAGCCUUUUGAAGAACGAUGGCGAAGCACACAACUCCAGUCCGCAUCACCUCAAGUUUCCGCCUCAAUUACAUGUCUUCCACCCCGAUAUGUGGCCGAUUUCCUUGUCCAGAUUUUCUUCAAGUACGCACAAACGAACAAUUUCUACGUUGAGGAAGACUGGUUACUCGAAAAAUUGGGCAUUUGUUACACGGAUCCUGGAAGUUUGUCAUUCGACGAUGCAGGCGCAGUGGCCUGUAUUCUUAUGGUUCUAGCUGUGGGCACUCAAUUCGCACAUAUGGAGUCAUCCACGCCCGUGAACUGUUUACCCGCAGGCUCUGCAGCAAAUCAGGAUCAUCACUUUUCGGAAGACGAGGUGGGCUUGACAUUCUACCAAUUUGCUUCGAGACUUUUACCGGAUCUCAUCGCCACCGCAUCUAUUCGAAGUGUUCAGGCCUGUUUGCUUAUCGGGACAUACUUGCUUCCAUUGGAUACUUCAGGAUUAUGCUACACAUACUUCGGUCUGGCAUUGAAAUUGGCUAUCCAGAAUGGCAUGCACCGGAGAUAUCACGGCGAAGGCCUCUCUCCGCGAAUGAUCGAAAUGCGAAAUCGGGUUUUCUGGACAGCUUUUACCAUUGAAAAACGGAUAAGCAUCCUCCACGGCCGACCGUCAUCGCUGUCAGACCCAGAUGUCGAUGGUCCUCUACCAGUCGAUUUCCCCGAGCUCAUGCCCGCCUCUCAAAUCUCAAAUCACACGAACAUGGUUACACUUAUUACGUUAACUUUGAAACUUGGCGAGGUUUCAAACGAAAUUACAUCGUUACGCAAAUACCGCAAAGACCAACAGCAAGACCGUCUUGACCGACUACUCCAUUUCCGGAAACAUCUCGUUGAUUGGUGGUCGACUCUACCAGAAGAGAUUGUGUGUCGUGAUCUGAACCCCGGAGGACCACUUUUCAGGUCCAACGUACACCUCAAGCUAGACUACUGUCUGACCCGCAUUUUCAUCGGACGUCCUUUCCUGUUCAGUAACUUUAAGGGCAUGCAGGUGUCUCAGACCCCUUCUCAAGGUUCGUCAUACAAAGUGGCUUCUAGUUUGGCGAAGAGUCGUGCAACCCUUGUUACAGAUUGCGUGGAAGCAGCUCUGGAAAUCAUCGAUUUAUGCCGCCUGCUCCGUGAUGAGACGGGUCUGGCGCGUGCUUCUUUCACUGAAUUUAGUUCAUGCCGCGCCGCUUUACUCGUCAUUCUAGCCCAGGGAUUGACUAAACGAACCGAAAGGCUCGGUGCAGCCCUCGAACAGGGUAUUUCAUUGAUUAAAAUCAUGUCUAUGGGUGUUGGCUCAGCCCGUUCAGCUGUCAGUGUUAUUGAGGCACUGGAGCGUGCCAUUCGCCGCCUUGAAACAUGGAGCGAGACACAACCGGAUAUGAGCAACGGGGGCGCCGUUGAAUCUGCCUAUGACAGAUUCAAAAAUUGGGAAAUGCUUUGGAAGGCAGGACCUAUCUCCCCGUCUACCCUCGCAUGGCAGCAACAGGAACCUUAUGCUUCUAGUGAACACAAUGUUCCGCCAAGUGUACAUUCCCACGCCUCGGGAGUGGCGGGUCCUUCGACUGUUCUUCAUGGAAUGUCCCUGUCACCUUCCUUAGCUAUGGUUGGCGCGAGACCUUCUGUCUCAACACCCGGAGGCCCUGAUCAGGGCAUUCCAGAAGGCGUGGUCCCGGGUAAUGGUCAUCCGCAGACUUUCUCCAUUGCUCAACAGCCCCUCUCGCAGAUGCCUCACUUUGGUUUCGAUCACUUUGUUUCGAACUUCCCACAAGAGUUGGGCGAAUUCACGGCCAUCCCUUGUUUCGAACCCGAUGCUCAGACUCAAUCUAGUGGUCUGAGCGGUGCUGAAAUGAAGCCGCCAGGUGGUGGAGCUGACCCUCACUGGUUGCAGUUCCUGAGGGAUUGA